GUGAAGUUGACUUCUGUGCGCUCUGAUUGCUCUCAUCACACAUUUCAGGUGGAAUAUGGAAUCCUAUUCAACCAAGUCAAACUCAUUUGCAGUGAAAGUGGGAAUUCCAGAACUUUUGAAUGGAAUAGGCAAUGGAGAGGAAUCUCACGUGGCCGACAAAGUGGCCAGAUUUCGUGACCAUGAGGGAAAUUUCGUACAUACUGAAAAGUAUGUGUUUGAUCCUGUGGAAGAAACAAGUAGCUCAGAAGAGAAGGGUAAGCAUAUUGCUAAGCAUGGAGAGGGUUAUAAUUCCAAGAAGAAAGGUGACAAGAAAGAUGAUGAAUAUGAAGAUAGUGAUGCUGAAUUGCUGAUGAGAAUGUUAUCCAGCCUGAUACUGAGUUUUACGAGAGAAAGAAGAAAGAGGGUGUUUGCAUGGACUUUGUUCACCAGGAGAUUACUGUUGAAGACAAUCUUAAGGCUCUCUGGGCUUUGCCAGAGUUUGAGUUUCUAGAUAACUAUACGGGUUCUCUCACCUUGAAGGACUUUCCUUAUACUCCUGGAGGUGUUGCCAAGUUUUUGAAGGAUAAUGACAUGCAGAAAAAUAACAUGAAGGAUGUAGUAUAUGGUUGAAUUGUGGUUAAGCUUAUAUCCUUAAAGCUUGUAGUACCUGAUAACGAUGCUAGUACCGAGAAUACCGACUCCGAUGUAGGAUUAGUUAGUGAGGCCGUGUUGAAUUGGUAUGCUCACCAAGCUAAGACAAUGUUGGUUGUCGCUCUUCAUGUUUUAACCAGGGAUCCUGGAAGCAAGCUAUAAGAUGGUACGACUCUUACACUGCAGCAAAAGGUGCAUACUUGACUGCUGCUAGGUUUGAGAAUGUUGUGAAACUUAUCAUAUCUUCUGGUGCUAUCAGCACUAUAUGCAAGCUGGUAACUGUUGGCUGCCUGAGAUCGGAAAGCAAAGUGUUGCAGUACCGGCUGAAAAGGUUGUCUUCCCCUGCUCUUGUUAGGGUAGCAAUUAACGCCAUACCGUACAGGCAGGUUCUGGAAUGGUUUCAACCUGAUGCUUUGGCUGCUUAUAGGAAGUUUGAUGAGGCAGGUUUAAUUAGUUGCCCAAAUUGCCUCGGGUCCAUUGGGUGCCUACUGUACUGGUGAGGUCGAUCCUUUUGUUGGUGACCAAUUCCUGAUGAUGUUAAGAUAGUUGAGCUUAAGCGAAUUGAAGCUCCUUAUGAUAGCAAUUAGCAAGACUCUGAAGCAAGCUUACAUAAUCCUUGAGGAGGUCGACUACCCUUUCGGUCAUUUGUAUCAAGGGAAGAAGGCUAUUACUACUAUGGACUCUGGUACGUGACGUGAGGUUCAGAGCACUUGUCAAGGCUUUUCGUUACAUGGAGACAGAACAGGCUGAAAAGAUCGAUUAAGCUGAAGAACAACGAUUUCACUAUUGCUGGUCUUAAGCCAGGUAAUGCCAAGUCUGCUCAGGUCCUAGGAAUCCAGGCUAUUUGGACUGGAUAUAGUUAAGAUUCUUGAAUGAUGCGUUUUGUUUUAGGCAAUAAUCCUUGAAUGAUGGUUGCUGCUAAUGCAUUUUGGCUGA